GUCACCGUCACCCCUACCCUCAUGCCGCCCCCCAAGCCCAACGUGCGCGUCCUCCGGGACAUGAAGGCGCGCCAGGGCGCCAAGGAUAACGAGGUCGCGCGCCGCGCCUACCUCUACAUCUCGCGCAACCAGCUGCUCCCGCCUGCGGUCCGCCACCAGGCCCAGCUGCAGCUCAACACCUACGGCCGCUACACGCGCCCGACCACGGUCAAGAACCGCUGCGUAGAGACGGGGAGAGGGAGGGGUAUCAUCAGCGACUUUGGACUCUGCCGAUUCCAAUUCCGCUUGAAGGCUUUGCGGGGCGAGCUUAACGGCGUCAAGAAGGCUUGUUGGUAGUCGGACCACAUCCACAUAUCCUAUUUGGCUUUAUAGAAGUCCCGUUAUAGCGCGGAUGCAACUCGCACCUCCCGCUGCCUGCACACGAUCAGACCAUGUCGCGUCAGCGACAAGAAACCAUAUAAUGCACCUCCUCCAUUCAUAAAGCAUAAAUAACCAUGAAGACCUAUAC